GCGCCCAGCGAUACAUAAACGCGCUGAUGCAACGGGACCAGACGCGCAAACGAGCUGAACGGAGGCACCCAACUCUCAGCACCGAACAACAGCAAUGAUGCCUGGUCAAAUCCCUGAUCCACUGAUGACGGCCGGUUCUCUGCCCAGCGUCGGUCCUCUGGCUGGCAUUCCUGCCACCAGCCUGACAGACCAGCUCAAACUAGCAGAGCUCUACAGCCUCGGGGCGGUUCUGUCUCCUCUCAUCCUGAACAGACACGCCAAGAGACCGUUCGACGUCAUCAAGGGUGAGACAGAUGACGAUGAAGAACGCAAGAAAAGAAGGCGAGAGAAGAAUAAAGUCGCAGCCGCUCGCUGUCGAAACAGAAAGAAGGAAAGAACAGACUUCCUCCAGAAGGAGUCUGAACGGUUGGAGACGCUGAACUCGGAGCUGAAGUCUCAGAUCGAGGAGCUGAAAUCGGAGCGGCAGCAGCUGAUCGUGAUGCUCAACCUCCACCGGCCCACCUGCAUCGUCCGCACAGGCAGCGUGAGGAGCCCCGGGAGCGACGAGCACGUGCUGGACCAGCGAUCCGAGCAGUCCGACUGAACACCACACCACACCACAAACACACAGCUGCUGUCAGGACACCAGCACAGGAAGAAGAAGAUGCAGGACAUUCACUGUCAGACGAAACAGUCUGGCAUUUCUUGUAAAAAUAACCAACAUCCUGUCAGUGUCAGUUUCAGCAUGAAGAAAAAAGGGAGGAGGAGAUUUGUGUGGACAACAAAGAUCAUCCAGAGAGCUCAAAGACGUUUGAAACGCGCUCGUUAUGCUGCAGGUGUUGAGAAGCACUGGCGUCUCUCAGUUGAUCUGAGCGACUCCUCCAGCGGCUGCAGAUGGCGCUGUCUGAUAAACUGUUCACUGACGCUGGCGUCUCGAUGGACCGAUUGUUUACAGUUGUUAGCACUAUUUAUUGUAUGUACAUUUGUAUUGUGCCAUCACGUGAUAUGGUGAAUUGUAUGUGUUU